GCGCUGCUUGGUCAGUUUACAUCGAACAUUUGGCACGUCCGUACGUUAACAUGCGUGCUGUGAUAUUUCUAUUGUUUUUCUAUAGUGUAUACGCGUCAAAUAUAGAUGAAUACUUUGAUAAACGAUAUAAGAUCUUAAAAAGUGAAUCCCGUACUUCUCUCGGAGGCAAUGUCACUCUCAACGAUAAAGAAGCUGCAGUAAACAUCUGCUUGAUGCAUUACAAGUUCAAGGAAGUUGAUUACUGGUUCGAUAACCCGAGGUAUUUCAAUUGUUCGCGACAUUACUUUACUUACAAACAAUAUAUAAAGACGUCUAAAGUUUACAGGAUAAUACAGGAUAUGCCAAAAGGUGCAGCGCUACAUGUCCACGAUAUGGGACUAUUAGGUCCUGACUAUUUAUUGAAUAUAACAUACCAAGAUAAUCUUUAUGUUUGUUUUGAUAAUAAUUUACAUUUAUUAUUCGCUAAUGCACCACCAAAAUCUCCCUGUGAUGGGAAAUGGCAACUAAUGAAUAAAGCUAGAAACUCUUCGAAUAACAUCACUAAAUUUGACGCAGAUUUGCGGAAUCAUUUUACAUUGUUUGUGAAAAAUCCAGAUACAAUUUAUCCGAGCAUAAGAGAGACUUGGAGAGCGUUUAUGAAAUUCUUUAUAACUGUCCAGCCUAUGUUGUCCUAUAGACCAAUUUGGGAACAAUACUUUUACGAUGCACUGAAGAGUUUUAAAGAAGAUAAUAUUAUGUAUUUAGAAGUAAGAAGCAUACUACCGAAUCUAUACGAAUUGGAUGGUACAGUAUACGAUCCUUUAGUCACAGCUAAAACUUACAAGAAGGUUAUUAAAAACUUUAUGAAGGAUCACCGUGACUUUUUAGGUGCAAAACUUAUCUAUGCACCGCCAAGAAAAGUAGAUCGCGUAAAGUUAGAAGAAUAUUUAGAAUUAGCGAAAAGAAUAAAACAGGAUAUGUCAGAUACAUUCGCUGGGUUCGAUUUAGUCGGACAAGAAGAUUUGGGAAGCCCACUCAUAGAAUUUGUACCACAAUUAUUAGAAUCCGCUUCGGAAUUGAAUUAUUUCUUUCAUGCAGGAGAAACGGAUUGGUAUGGAACACUGACAGAUGAAAAUCUCGUGGAUGCGGUGUUACUGGGAGCUAAACGUUUAGGGCAUGCGUACGCGUUGCCAAAACAUCCUCAAGUGUUAAACGAAGUUAUUAAGAAAGACAUUGGCUUAGAAGUUAAUGUGAUAUCAAAUGCUGUUCUAUCUUUAGUUCGUGAUAUAAGGAAUCAUCCAUUGAGUGCAUUCCUUGCCCACGGUCUUCCAGUUGUUUUAUCUAGUGACGACCCAGGAGUGUGGGAAGCAGAUCCUCUUUCUGAAGACUUCUACAUCGCGUUCGUGGCUGUAGCCAGUAGACUAUCUGAUCUCAGACUGCUUAAACAAUUAGCUAUAAAUUCAUUAAAAUACAGUGCUCUAGAUUCGAUCUCAAAAGUUGACGCGUUACGUAAGUUUAACUAUAAAUGGAAUGAAUUUAUUGAUAAUUUUGAUUGUUCUAAGUAUCAAAAUUAAUUAUGGUAGUAUUAAAAUAAA